AUGAAUCUAAUUCAUCUAGAUCUUUCCAAUACAAACCUGCAAAUCGAUGAGUUUCAGGUGAUUGGAGAUGCAAUGAAAUAGUCUAAGUCCCUUCUAAGUGUGCACUUAAGUGGGAACAGCAUGAAUAAGUAGAUAAAAAAGCAAAUAUCUUAAAAACUGAAAAUAAUUGAUAGAAAAUCUGGCAAAAACAAGCAUAACUAUUUCAGUGGAAAUAACAACAACAACUUCAGUGGGAGUAAUAAUUAGACCUAACUAAACGAUGAAUACAAUCUUUUUGAUGAUGGACAGACACAUGAAAGUGAAAAUGAUGAAUUUUCAAAAAGUGAAGUAUCACGAUCCAACUCAAAUAUGAACCACUAGGCUUCUUAGAAAUUUUAGUAAAACCGAGAUAUUUCUCAGAUCAAUUAAAGCGGGAACAUGAGUUUCUUGAAUGUAACUAAAGGUGGAAUAGAUAAAAUCUUAAUCAAAGAAAAGCCAUAGUUUACCAAUCGCAACUCUAAGGGAAGGUACUUUUCCAUGCCCAAAGAUCAAGUGAUAUUCUCAAGAUUUCUAGGCCACUCUGAAAUUUCUGAAGCCUAUAAAUGGAGCUUGCAAAAUUACUGUCCAGUCUGUGAGAAAUGGCAAUAUGUUAUUUUCAUUUACACUUAGAAAAUAGAGCCCAAUGAGGUAUUCUAACUUUCAAGCUAGAUCUAGAAAUUUGUUUAAAAGAAGCCUGGGUUUUACAAGCAGCUUAUUCCGAAUACAGCAAUAAGGGAGAUAAUAGAUGGCUUCAAGUUGGAUGUCAAAGUCACUGGGUCUUCAGAGAUCACUUAUCAAAAGAGCUUGGAUAUGAUGUCACUGGAGGACUUUGUAGAUAAACUUGAAGACAAUAUGGAAUCUCAUUAUUAAUUUGGUGAGAGAUAAAUACCCAGUGAUGACCACGAUCUGACUCAUGUUAAGAUGCGUCGUUAGAAUAAAAAGAAACUCAGAGACAAUGUGUACAAGGAACGCAAAAAGAUACUUGACUUUCUAGCUUUGGCCUUUCGUCGAUUUAAGAAGAUAGGAGAUGCUCUUAACUACAUCAAUAAGCUGCAUGAAAGAUCUACUCUAAUUGAAGAGGAGCAAGCUAUGUUAUCCUUUAAGGAUAUAGACUGGAAAAGGAACUAAAAACUUAUGGAGAGGUUCAAAAAGUUAGUAGAGGAUCAUAAUCCAAUCAUCAUAUCAAACAAAUUUGUGAAAGAUGGCAAGUCUGUUGAUCUUUAGGCACUGAGAGAUGUUCUGUUUGAUCCAAAGCAGUAUAGUGUAGAUGAAGAGAUAUAUGUCUACGCUGCAAUUGUACCUCCCGGAGUUCAUCACAUUCAAAUGACCUCUUAAAGAAAAUUCUGUUAAAAUCACAGAGAUGAGCAGACCAGCCUUGAGCUUUUGACCAACAAUAAUUUUAUGCCAAACACCUACUCACUUACUCUGGAUGUCCCGAAGCGAAUCAAGGAACUAAAUGUGUUCUAUAAAAAGAAGAAGAAGCGCAGAGUCAAUAGAUACUUCAACAAGGAUAGAAGCUGUUUCAGAUACUGGAGGACAGAUGAUUAGCAAAUAAUCAAUGAUAUGUGCGACAAUGACUUCAGAAAAAUGAAGUAUCACAGAAUGUUAGAGGAUUGCUAUGAAGUUAUUAAGAGUAAUAUCUCAAAGCUUAAAGAAAUCUUCCUUUAUAUCACUAGCAAGUCUUCUUAUCCAAACAUUUCAUGGUUGGAUUUUUCAUACUUCUGCUUUGACUUCAAUAUCCCUGAUAAGUUCUGCACAAUUUCUAAGAUCGAUAUGGCAUUCAUUGCAACUAAUGUAGAACUGGAACGUAAUGAUGACAACCCUGAUAGAGAUCUUAACAGAGCAGAAUUCCUUGAGAUCCUACUUAGACUAGCAAAUGAGAAGUACAAGAAGUCAGGUCAGUGUGAUAAAUUCUCUACAGCACUUAAGAAACUCCUAAAGGAGAAUUUGUUUGCUCACUACGACCCAAUAAUGGGUUACUAGGAUUUUAGAGAAAAGAUACUUUGGAAUCUAGAUGUGGAUGAUAUCUUCAAGGUUAAUGCUCCUGCUAUUAGAAGACUAUUUAACUGCAGCUAGGCUUAAAGCGUGUUAAAAAGAUACUGGACUAUGCAGGACUGCGUGAGCUUCAUCAUGAUGAACUUUCCAAGCUUCGGUAUAACUGAAAACAACUUGAAGCUAUCAUAUGUAUUUUCUAAAAUUACAGUGAUUGAUGAGGACAAUGAAUCAAGAAGGUACAAUCGAAUGAGCUACGUAGAAUUCUUGGAGUUUAUAGGCAGAAUAGCAUAUCUAGUUAAGAUCCCAGAAAUCGCCUAGAAAGAAAUAACUUAGAGAUUAAAGGAUAAAGAAGAGAUAGGGUUCCCUGAAAGAUUAGAAUACACUUUAGACUAGCUUUUGAAUUAUGUUAAUUGUAAAAGAAAACCCAGAGAAAGUCUGAAGGAUUAAUAUGAUACUGAUAGCGAUUAUGAUUGA